AUGAGCCAGUUUCAGGUGCCCCUGGCCGUCCAGCCGGACCUGCCAGGCCUUUAUGACUUCCCUCAGGGCCAGGUGAUGGUAGGGGGCUUCCCGGGGCCUGAGCUCUCUAUGGCUGGGAGUGAGUCCCAACUCCGAGGGGGUGGAGAUGGCCGGAAGAAACGGAAACGGUGUGGUACUUGUGAGCCCUGCCGGCGGCUGGAAAACUGUGGGGCUUGCACUAGCUGUACCAACCGCCGCACGCACCAGAUCUGCAAACUGCGAAAAUGUGAGGUGCUGAAGAAAAAAGUGGGGCUUCUCAAGGAGACAGGCUCAGAGCUCAGCCCAGUUGAUGGACCUGUUCCAGGUCAGAUGGACUCAGGGCCAGUGUACCAUGGGGACUCACGGCAGCUAAGCGCCUCAGGGGUGCCGGUCAAUGGUGCUAGAGAGCCCGCUGGACCCAGUCUGCUGGGGACUGGGGGUCCUUGGCGGGUAGACCAAAAGCCCGACUGGGAGGCUGCCCCAGGCCCAGCUCAUACUGCUCGCCUGGAAGAUGCCCACGAUCUGGUGGCCUUUUCGGCUGUGGCCGAAGCUGUGUCCUCUUAUGGGGCCCUUAGCACCCGGCUCUAUGAAACCUUCAACCGUGAGAUGAGUCGUGAGGCUGGGAACAACAGCAGGGGAUCCCGGCCAGGGCCCGAGGGCUGCUCUGCUGGCAGCGAAGACCUUGACACACUGCAGACGGCCCUGGCCCUCGCGCGGCAUGGUAUGAAACCACCCAACUGCAACUGCGAUGGCCCAGAAUGCCCUGACUACCUCGAGUGGCUGGAGGGGAAGAUCAAGUCUGUGGUCAUGGAAGGAGGGGAGGAGCGGCCCAGGCUCCCAGGGCCUCUGCCUCCUGGUGAGGCCGGUCUCCCAGCACCAAGCACCAGGCCACUCCUCAGCUCAGAGGUGCCCCAGAUCUCUCCCCAAGAGGGUCUGCCCCUGUCCCAGAGUGCCCUGAGCAUCGCCAAGGAAAAAAACAUCAGCUUGCAGACCGCCAUUGCCAUCGAGGCCCUCACACAGCUCUCCUCCGCCCUCCCGCAGCCUUCUCAUUCCACCCCCCAGGCUUCUUGCCCCCUUCCUGAGGCCUUGUCACCUCCUGCCCCUUUCAGAUCUCCCCAGUCUUACCUCCGGGCUCCCUCAUGGCCUGUGGUUCCUCCUGAAGAGCACUCAUCUUUUGCUCCUGAUAGCUCUGCCUUCCCUCCAGCAACUCCUCGAACUGAGUUCCCUGAAGUCUGGGGCACUGACACCCCUCCAGCAACGCCCCGGAGCUCCUGGCCCAUGCCUCGCCCAAGCCACGACCCCAUGGCUGAACUGGAGCAGUUGUUGGGCAGCGCCAGUGAUUACAUCCAGUCAGUAUUCAAGCGGCCUGAGGCCCUGCCUACCAAGCCCAAGGUCAAGGUAGAGGCACCCUCUUCCUCCCCAGCCCUGGCCCCAUCCCCUGUGCUUCAGAGGGAGGCUCCCACGCCAUCCUCGGAGCCCGACACCCACCAGAAGGCCCAGACCGCCCUGCAGCAGCACCUCCAUCACAAGCGCAGCCUCUUCCUAGAACAGGCUCACGACACCUCCUUCCCUGCUCCUUCGGAGCCUUCUGCUCCUGGCUGGUGGCCCCCACCAAGCUCACCUGCCCCACGGCUUCCAGACAGACCACCCAAGGAGAAGAAGAAGAAGCUCCCAACACCAGCUGGAGGUCCCGUGGGAACAGAGAAAGCUGCCCCUGGGAUCAAGCCCAGUGUCCGAAAGCCCAUUCAGAUCAAGAAGUCCAGGCCCCGGGAAGCACAGCCACUCUUCCCGCCUGUCCGGCAGAUUGUCCUGGAAGGGCUCAGGUCCCCGGCCUCCCAGGAAGUACAGGCUCAUCCACCGGCCCCUCUACCUGCCUCACAGGGCUCUGCUGUGCCCCUGCCCCCAGAACCUUCUCUUGCGCUAUUUGCACCUAGUCCCUCCAGGGACAGCCUGCUGCCCCCUACUCAGGAAAUGAGGUCCCCCAGCCCCAUGACAACCUUGCAGCCAGGCUCCACCGGCCCUCUUCCCCCUGCCGAUGACAAGCUGGAAGAGCUCAUCCGGCAGUUUGAGGCUGAAUUUGGAGAUAGCUUUGGGCUUCCCGGCCCCCCUUCUGUGCCCAUUCAGGACCCCGAGAACCAGCAAACAUGUCUCCCAGCCCCUGAGAGCCCCUUUGCUACCCGUUCCCCCAAGCAAAUCAAGAUUGAGUCUUCAGGGGCUGUGACUGUGCUCUCAACAACCUGCUUCCAUUCAGAGGAGGGAGGCCAGGAGGCCACACCCACCAAGGCAGAGAACCCACUCACACCCACCCUCAGUGGCUUCUUGGAGUCACCUCUUAAGUACCUGGACACACCCACCAAGAGUCUGCUGGACACACCUGCCAAGAGAGCCCAGGCCGAGUUCCCCACCUGCGAUUGCGUCGAACAAAUAGUGGAGAAAGAUGAAGGUCCAUAUUAUACUCACCUGGGAUCUGGCCCCACAGUCGCCUCUAUCCGGGAACUCAUGGAGGAGCGGUAUGGAGAGAAGGGGAAAGCCAUCCGGAUCGAGAAGGUCAUCUACACGGGGAAGGAGGGAAAGAGCUCCCGCGGCUGCCCCAUUGCAAAGUGGGUGAUCCGCAGGCACACGCUGGAGGAGAAGCUGCUCUGCCUGGUGCGGCACCGGGCAGGCCACCACUGCCAGAACGCUGUGAUCGUCAUCCUCAUCCUGGCCUGGGAGGGCAUUCCCCGUAGCCUCGGAGACACCCUCUACCAGGAGCUCACUGACACCCUCCGGAAGUAUGGGAACCCCACCAGCCGGAGAUGCGGCCUCAACGAUGACCGGACCUGCGCUUGCCAAGGCAAAGACCCCAACACCUGCGGUGCCUCCUUCUCCUUUGGUUGUUCCUGGAGCAUGUACUUCAAUGGCUGCAAAUAUGCUCGGAGCAAGACACCUCGCAAGUUCCGCCUCGCAGGGGACAAUCCCAAAGAGGAAGAAGUGCUCCGGAAGAGUUUCCAGGACCUGGCCACCGAAGUUGCUCCCCUGUACAAGCGACUGGCCCCUCAGGCCUAUCAGAACCAGGUGACCAACGAGGAAAUAGCGAUUGACUGCCGUCUGGGGCUGAAGGAAGGACGGCCCUUCGCAGGAGUCACGGCCUGCAUGGACUUCUGUGCCCACGCCCACAAGGACCAGCAUAACCUCUACAAUGGGUGCACCGUGGUCUGCACCCUGACCAAGGAAGACAAUCGCUGCGUGGGCAAGAUUCCCGAGGAUGAGCAGUUGCACGUUCUGCCCCUGUACAAGAUGGCCAGCACGGAUGAGUUUGGGAGCGAGGAGAACCAGAAUGCAAAGGUUGGCAGCGGAGCCAUCCAGGUGCUCACCGCCUUCCCCCGCGAGGUCCGACGCCUGCCCGAGCCUGCCAAGUCCUGCCGCCAGCGGCAGCUGGAAGCCAGAAAGGCAGCGGCCGAGAAGAAGAAGAUUCAGAAGGAGAAGCUGAGCACUCCGGAGAAGAUCAAGCAGGAGGCCCUGGAGCUGGCGGGCGUUACGUCGGACCCAGGCCUGUCUCUGAAGGGUGGAUUGUCCCAGCAAGGCCUGAAGCCCUCCCUCAAGGUGGAGCCGCAGAACCACUUCAGCUCCUUCAAGUACAGCAGCAACGCAGUGGUGGAGAGCUACUCGGUGCUGGGCAACUGCCGGCCCUCUGACCCUUACAGCAUGAACAGCGUGUACUCCUACCACUCCUACUAUGCACAGCCCAGCCUGACCUCCGUCAAUGGCUUCCACUCCAAGUACGCUCUCCCGUCUUUUGGCUACUAUGGCUUUCCAUCCAGCAACCCCGUCUUCCCCUCUCAGUUCCUGGGUCCUGGUGCCUGGGGGCACAGUGGCAGCAGUGGCAGUUUUGAGAAGAAGCCAGACCUCCACGCUCUGCACAACAGCCUGAGCCCGGCCUACGGUGGUGCUGAGUUUGCCGAGCUGCCCAGCCAGGCUGUUCCCACAGACGCCCACCACCCCACUCCUCACCACCAGCAGCCUGCGUACCCAGGCCCCAAGGAGUAUCUACUUCCCAAGGCCCCCCCAAUCCACUCAGUGUCCAGGGACCCCUCCCCCUUUGCCCAGAGCUCCAACUGCUACAACAGAUCCAUCAAGCAAGAGCCAGUAGACCCGCUGACCCAGGCCGAGCCUGUGCCCAGAGACGCUGGCAAGAUGGGCAAGACACCUCUGCCUGAGGUGUCUCAGAAUGGAGGACCCAGUCACCUUUGGGGACAGUACUCAGGAGGCCCAAGCAUGUCCCCCAAGAGGACUAACAGUGUGGGUGGCAGCUGGGGUGUGUUCUCGUCUGGGGAGAGUCCUGCCCUCAUCCCUGACAAGCUCAGUUCCUUUGGAGCCAGCUGUCUGGCCCCUUCCCACUUCACAGAUGGCCAGUGGGGGCUGUUCCCCGGCGAGGGGCAGCAGGCGGCUUCCCACUCUGGAGGACGGCUGCGAGGCAAACCGUGGAGCCCCUGCAAGUUUGGGAACAGCACCUCCACCUUGACUGGGCCUGGCCUGACUGAGAAGCCGUGGGGGCUGGGGGCAGGGGAUUUCAACUCGGCCCUGAAAGGUGGUCCUGGGUUCCAAGACAAGCUGUGGAACCCCAUGAAAGGAGAGGAGGGCAGGAUUCCAGCUGCAGGGGCCAGCCAGCUGGACAAGGCCUGGCAGUCCUUUGGUCUGCCCCUGGGAUCCAGCGAGAAGCUGUUUGGGGCCCUGAAGUCGGAGGAGAAGCUGUGGGACCCUUUCAGCCUGGAGGAGGGGCCGGCCGAGGAGCCCCCCAGCAAGGGAGCAGUGAAGGAGGAGAAGGGUGGUGGUGGUGCGGAGGAGGAAGAGGAGGAGCUGUGGUCGGACAGUGAACACAACUUCCUGGACGAGAACAUCGGCGGCGUGGCCGUGGCCCCAGCCCACGGCUCCAUCCUCAUCGAGUGUGCCCGGCGGGAGCUGCAUGCCACUACGCCACUUAAGAAGCCCAACCGCUGCCACCCCACCCGCAUCUCGCUGGUCUUCUACCAGCACAAGAACCUCAACCAGCCCAACCACGGGCUGGCCCUCUGGGAAGCCAAGAUGAAGCAGCUGGCGGAGAGGGCACGGGCACGGCAGGAGGAGGCCGCCCGGCUGGGUCUGGGCCAGCAGGAGGCCAAGCUCUACGGGAAGAAGCGCAAGUGGGGGGGCGCCAUGGUUGCUGAGCCCCAGCAGAAGGAGAAGAAGGGGGUUGUCCCCACCCGGCAGGCACUGGCUGUGCCCACAGACUCGGCGGUCACCGUGUCCUCCUAUGCCUACACGAAGGUCACUGGCCCCUACAGCCGCUGGAUCUAGGUGCCAGGGAGCCAGCGUACCUCAGCGUCGGGCCCGGCCCGAGCUGUCUCUGUGGUGCUUUUGCCCUCAUACCUGGGGGCGGGUUGGGGGUGCAGAAGUCUUUUUAUCUCUAUAUACAUAUAUAGAUGCGCAUAUCAUAUAUAUGUAUUUAUGGUCCAAACCUCAGAACUGACCCGCCCCUCCCUUACCCCCACUUCCCCAGCACUUUGAAGAAGAAACUACGGCUGUCGGGUGAUUUUUCCGUGAUCUUAAUAUUUAUAUCUCCAAGUUGUUUCCCCCCCCCUUGUUUGGGGGGCUUUUAUUUUCUCUUUGUUUUUAAAACUCUAUCCUUGUAUAUCACAAUAAUGGAAAGAAAGUUUAUAGUGUCCUUUCACAAAGGAGUAGUUUUAAA